AUGCUGCAAAUUGGAGAUGGCUCAAAGUCAAGUGCGAAACUUUUAGUUCCCAAAGCAGUGGAUGCAGAUGACGUGGAUGACGAUGCAAAUGAUGAUGACGACGAGGAGGAAGAAGAUAGUGAGGAUGAGGAAGCGGAGCUGUUGGAGUUGCUUGCGCGCAUAAAGAAGGAGAGGGAAGAGGAAGGAAGAAAGAAGGCAGAGGAGGAGGCUGAACGUGAGCUCAAGGAAAAAGAGGAAGUGCUGCUCAGGGGCAACCCUCUCAUCCAUCAAAUGGACGCAAAUGCUCAAUUCGCAGUGAAGCGGAGGUGGGACGACGACGUUGUGUUCAAGAACCAAACUCGUGGGGAGCCUAAGGCGCAGAAGAGAUUCAUAAAUGACACAGUACGCUCCGAUUUUCAUCAGAAAUUCCUGCAAAGGUAUAUCAGAUAA